UUCUCGGCAAAAUCAUAAACAUGCUCUAACCUCCCUUCCUGUCUCUCUCUUGUCUUCGUCAACCUCUCUUCACUUUCUCCGAUCAAAUACUUUUUUUUUAAGUCGAUCAAAGGGCUUGCUUGAUCAGUUGCAGCCAAUGGCGCUUAACCCUCAACUGAUGUUCAAUGGGAUGCCUAUACCGUUUGUUAAUGAGAUGUUUGUUCUAGUCAGAGAUGGUGUUGAGUUUGAAGUCGACAAGAUUCCUGGAGGACAUGGAGGUCAUGUUAAGGCCAAGGGAGUGAUAUACUUGUCUAAUAUUCGCUUGGUCUUUGUUGCUACCAAGCCUGUUGACAACUUUGUUGCCUUUGACAUGCCUAUGCUUUACAUCCACGCUGAGAAGUUCAAUCAGCCAAUAUUCCACUGCAACAAUAUCUCUGGACAAGUGGAGCCUGUGGUACCAGAGAACGAGCAUAGAGCUCUGUAUUCAACACACAGUUUCAAGAUCCUGUUCAAGGAAGGUGGUUGCGGGACUUUUGUUCCUCUCUUCUUAAAUCUCAUCUCAUCAGUGAGACAAUACAACAGACAGAUGCAACAAGCAGCAGAAGCGGCAGAAGCAGCUCCACGUGUUGAUCCUCUCCAAGCCGCACAAACUCCUGUUGAUGAAAUGAUGAGACAUGCGUACGUGGAUCCUAACGAUCCAACGAAGAUAUAUCUGCAGCAACCAGCUGGGGAAUCUCAGUUGAGGAGGCGAGCUUACCAUUCGAGUGUAGGGGAACAUUGAUGACGUAUAAGACCGAAAAGACACAGAGGGUGGUGGGAUACAUAAACAGUGUUGCAAAUAAGCAAUUAAGCGUUGUUGGUUAAAAGUUAAAACCACUUGGUGUAAUGAGAAAGAAAAUACUCUCUUGGGUGUGUAUGUAUGUAUGUAUCUGUUGAAUAAUUGGAUUCUCUAUAAUUAAAAGUUUGGUUUGGUUUAUA